AUCUGACAAAUGUCUUGAGUGUAAAGAUAGUCGUCAGUAUCAUUAGCCAACCCAUGCUGACUGUCCGUCUGGAGCCCUCUGUAGGAGGAAGGCCCCUGAGGCUCAUUGUAACCACGUUCCUCACCGGCGGACAGCUCAGCUAAUGAAAAGAUGGACCCAGAAAAUAGUGGCCGGGCAGGUCUUGCUCUCCCAAACCCACAAGGGCCCUCCAGUGCGCCUGAAAUUGAGCUUUCAGAAGUAUCUCUCCAUGAAAACCCCUUACUACAGAAGACUGCCUCAUCCCCACCAUGCCACACAUGGCUGAUAUUUUUGAAGAGGGAACUGGAGUUUCUGGGGGUAACACAAAUUCUGGUUGGCUUGAUAUGUCUUUGUUUUGGAACAAUUGUCUGCUCCGUGAUCAAUAUUUCAGAACUUAAGGAAGAUGUUUUUUCAUCAUUUAAAGCAGGCUACCCAUUCUGGGGAGCCGUGUUUUUUGCUAUUUCUGGAUUUUUGCCAAUUAUGUCUGAAAAGAAACACACUACCUGUCUGAUGUGGGGAACCCUGUGGGCCAACGCUGUCAGCAGCAUAGCUGCCGGAAUAGGAAUCUUCAUCCUGACGGUCAAUCUGAAGAAGAGCUCUGCUUUUAUCUACAACUGCCAGGAAGUUUACGGAGAGGACUUCUGCUUUAUGGCUUGUUUUUCCACUGAAAUUGUGGCAAUGAUCCUGUUUCUCACCAUUCUGGGAUUUUGUAGUGCCGUGUCCCUCAUAAUCUAUGGGGUUGGAGAAGUAGUCCAAGGGAACAAGAUUGCAGAAGAUCGUCUUUAUGAGGAAUUAAACAUAUAUUCACCGAUUUACAGUGAGUUGGAAGACAAAGUGGAGGCCUCUUCUCCAGCUGAUUCAUAAGAAUCGUGUCUUCAGACCAUCCUGACUCAUGGCAAAAGUCUAGAAUAGGCCAAGAUCUUUCUUUAAGGGGAUAUUGGAAAAAAUUCAGUUCUGUCUAUGGUCUUCCAGGUUUACAU